AUGCUAGAAACAUUUUUAAAGCACCAAAACAACUACUAUCACGGAAGAAUGGAGCAUGGCAAUAUGUCUGCAUCCAAUAACCCACUAAUUCGCAGUCUCCAAGACAAAUACUCACCUUUCCCCCAGCAACAUUGGUUUGGUACAAUUGACCAUCCUCAACUUGUAGCCAAUACAUUUAGCAGAGCAGUGACUAAAAAGUGGAACCGAUAA